AUGGCGUUUCACAGAAGUCGGCUGUUUUCUUUACGGACCCUAUCGUUAGGCAUCUUGUUUUACUGUACGUAUUGCCAUUUCCAAUUUGUUCUCGCAAAUGAUGUCGAUAGCUGUGAAAGUCUACGCCUGGGACAAUAUCCUUUUACACUUGAUUACUUGCAAAUCACGACAAUAUGACAGGGUUUUCAUUCAAACUAGCUAGCUAACGUUACCUGGCUAACUAACGUUAGCAUGCAUUCUCUGAGUUAGCUAGCUAACAAAAGCCUGCGUGUUGUGUACUUUUGGAAAACAUGAAACGGAUAUUAAUAGUAUAGUUAUGGCUUCUCAUCUGUAUUCACCUGUCAUCUUCCAUGUAACAUUAACUCUUGCCAAGAGUCUUGGUUUUUCAUCAAGAUAUGUUAUCGGUUUUUAUUGACAGCAUGUUUUAUUAUGUGUGUGUAUACACUGCUCAAAAAAAUAAAGGGAACACUUAAACAACACAAUGUAACUACAAGUCAAUCACACUUCUGUGAAAUAAAACGGUCCACUUAGGAAGCAACACUGAUUGACAAUAAAUUUCACAUGCUGUUGUGCAAAUGGAAUAGACAACAGGUGGAAAUUAUAGGCAAUUAGCAAGACACCCCCAAUAAAGGACUGGUUUUGCAGGUGGUGACCACAGACCACUUCUCAGGUCCUAUGCUUCCUGGCUGAUGUUUUGGUCACUUUUGAAUGCUGGCGGUGCUGUCACUCUAGUGGUAGCAUGAGACGGAGUCUACAACCCACACAAGUGGCUCAGGUAGUGCAGCUCAUCCAGGAUGGCACAUCAAUGCGAACUGUGGCAAGAAGGUUUGCUCUGUCUGUCAGCGUAGUGUCCAGAGCAUGGAGGCGCUACCAGGAGACAGGCCAGUACAUCAGGAGACUUGGAGGAGGCCGUAGGAGGGCAACAACCCAGCAGCAGGACUGCUACCUCCGCCUUUGUGCAAGGAGGAGCAGGAGGAGCACUGCCAGAGCCCUGCAAAAUGACCUCCAGCAGGCCACAAAUGUGCAUGUGUCUGCUCAAACGGUCAGAAACAGACUCCAUGAGGGUGGUAUGAGGGCCCGACGUCCACAGGUGAAGGUUGUGCUUACAGCCCAACACCGUGCAGGACGUUUGGCAUUUGCCAGAGAACACCAAGAUUGGCAAAUUCGCCACUGGCGCCCUGUGCUGUUCACAGAUGAAAGCAGGUUCACACUGAGCAUGUGACAGAGUCUGGAGACGCCGUGGAGAACGUUCUGCUGCCUGCAACAUACUCCAGCAUGACCGGUUUGGCGGUGGGCCAGUCAUGGUGUGGGGUGGCAUUUCUUUGGGGGGCCGCACAGCCCUCCAUGUGCUCGCCAGAGGUAGCCUGACUGCCAUUAGGUACCGAGAUGAGAUCCUCAGACCCCUUGUGAGACCAUAUGCUGGUGCGGUUGGCCCUGGGUUCCUCCUAAUGCAAGACAAUGCUAGACCUCAUGUGGCUGGAGUGUGUCAGCAGUUCCUGCAAGAGGAAGGCAUUGAUGCUAUGGACUGGCCCGCCCGUUCCCCAGACCUGAAUCCAAUUGAGCACAUCUGGGACAUCAUGUCUCGCUCCAUUCACCAACGCCACGUUGCACCACAGACUGUCCAGGAGUUGGCGGAUGCUUUAGUCCAGGUCUGGGAGGAGAUCCCUCAGGAGACCAUCCGCCACCUCAUCAGGAGCAUGCCCAGGCGUUGUAGGGAGGUCAUACAGGCACGUGGAGGCCACACACACUACUGAGCCUCAUUUUGACUUGUUUUAAGGACAUUACAUCAAAGUUGGAUCAGCCUGUAGUGUGGUUUUCCACUUUAAUUUUGAGGGUGACUCCAAAUCCAGACCUCCAUGGGUUGAUACAUUUGAUUUCCAUUGAUAAUGUUUGUGUGCUUUUGUUGUCAGCACAUUCAACUAUGUAAAGAAAAAAGUAUUUAAUAAGAUUAUUUCAUUCAUUCAGAUCUAGGAUGUGUUAUUUUAGUGUUCCCUUUAUUUUUUUGAGCAGUGUAUAUAUAUCAACCUGACAAGCACAAUUUGUUAGAUAUCAUGUUAUAUUAUUUACUAUGCUGUGGAUGACAGUUGAUAUUUUGUCAUUGCCUUAAUACUGUUCAAGUAUAUUUGUAAAGAACCAAGGAUAGACGAUGCCACUCAAGAACCUGAGAAUUGCAAGGACAUGAUUGCUUGGGGUGAGUGGUUCUGGUUGAGUGAUGUAUAAUAUACUGAACAAAAAUAUAAACACAACAGGUAAAGUGUUGGUCCCAUGUUUCAUGAGAUGAAAUAAAAGAUCCCAGAAAUUUUCUCUAUGCACAAAAAGCUUAUUUCUCUAAAAUGUUGUGCACAAAUUAGUUUACAUCCCUGUUAGUGAGCAUUUCUCCUUUGUCAAGAUAAUCCAUCCACCUGACAGGUGUGGCAUAUCAAGAAGCUGAUUAAACAGCGUGAUCUUCAAGCAGGUUGAGAUCUUCAAGUUCCUUGGUGUCCACAAACUAUCAUGGUCCAAACACACCAAGACAGUCGUGAAGAGGGCACGACAACGCCUAUUCCCCCUCAGGAGACUUAAAAGAUUUGGCAUGGGUCCUCAGAUCCUCAAAAAGUUAUACAGCGGCACCAUCGAGAGCAUCCUGACUGGUAUGGCAACUGCUCGGCCUCCGAACGCAAGGUGUUACAGAGGGUAGUGCGUACGGCCCAGUACAUCACUGGUGCCAAGUUUCCUGCCAUCCAGGACCUCUAUACCAGGCGGUGUCAGAGAGACUCCAGCCACCCUAGUCAUAGACUGUUCUCUCUGCUACCGCACAGCAAGCAGUACCAGAGCGCCAAAUCUAGGUCCAGAAGUUUUCUUAACAGCUUCUACCCCCAAGCCAUAAGACUGCUGAACAGCUAAUCAAAUGGCUACCCGGACUAUUUGCAUUGACCCCCGCCCCUUUUUUUAACGCUGCUGCUACUCGCUGUUUUAUCUAUGCAUAGUCACUUUAUCCCUACCUACAUAUUACCUCGACUAACCUGUACCCCCGCACAUUGACUCUGAACCGGUACCCCCUGUAUAUAGCCUCGUUGUUGUUAUUUUAUUGUUUCUCUUUUAUUUUUUACUUUAGUUUAUUUAGUAAAUCUUUUUCUUAACUCUUAUUUUUCUUAAAACUGCAUUGUUGGUUAAGGGCUUGUAAGUAAGCAUUUCACUGUAAGAUCUACACCUGUUGUAUUUGGCACAUGUGACAAAUUAACAUUUGCUUUGAUUUGAAACCGUCUCGGGGAAACUCAUCUGCAUGCUCGUUUUCCUCACCAGGGUCUUGACCUGACUGCAGUUUGGCAUCGUAACAGACUUCAGUGGGCAAAUGCUCACCUUCAAUGGCCACUUGCACACUGGAAAAGUGUGCUCUUCACGGAUGAAUCCCGGUUUCCACUGUACCGGGCAGAUGGCAGACAGCAUGUAUGGCGUUGUGUGGGCGAGUGGUUUGCUGAUGUCAACGUUGUGAACAGAGUACCCCAUGGUGGUGGUGGGGUUAUGGUAUGGGCAGGCAUAAGCUACGGACAACGAACACAAUUGCAUUUAUCAAUGGCAAUUUCAAUGCACAGAGAUACCUUGACGAGAUCCAGAGGCCCAUUGCCGUGCCAUUCAUCCACCGCCAUCACCUCAUGUUUCAGCAUGAUAAUGCACGGCCCCAUGUCGCAAGGAUCUGUACACAAUUCCUGGAAGCUGAAAAUGUCCCAGUUCUUCCAUGGCCUGCACACUCACCAGACAUGUCACCCAUUGAGCAUGUUUGGGAUGCUCUGGAUUGAUGUGUACGACAGCGUGUUUCAGUUCCCGCCAAUAUCCAGCAACUUUGCACAGCCAUUGAAGAGAAGUGGGACAACAUUCUAGACUCCCUGCCUGUCAUCUUUUCACUCCCUCCUCUCUUCACUUUCUUCCUCUGUUUCUGCUGCUAAAGCCACUUUCUACCACUAAAUUUCAAGCCUCUGCCUCUAACCCUAGGAAGCUCUUUGCCACCUUCUCCUCCCUGCUGAAUCCUCCUCCCCCUCCCUCCUCCCUCUCUGUGGAUGACUUCGUCAACCAUUUUGAAAAGAAGGUUGACAACAUCCGAUCCUCAUUUAUUAAGUCAAAUGACACCGCUGGUCCUGCUCACACUGCCCUACCCUAUGCUUUGACUUCUUUCUCCCCUCUCUCUCCAGAUGAAAUCUUGCGACUUGUGACGGCCGGCCGCCCAACAACCUGCCCGCCUGACCCUAUCCCCUCCUCUCUUCUCCAGACCAUUUCCGGAGACCUUCUCCCUUACCUCACCUCGCUCAUCAACUCAUCCUUGACCACUGGCUAUGUCCCUUCCGUCUUCAAGAGAGCGAGAGUUGCAUCCCUUCUCAAAAAACCUACACUCGAUCCCUCCGAUGUCAACAAUUACAGACCAGUAUCCCUUCUUUCUUUUCUCUCCAAAACUCUUGAGCGUGCCGUCUCUAGCCAACUCUCCUGCUAUCUCUCUCAGAAUGACCUUCUUGAUCCAAACCAGUCAGGUUUCAAGACUGGUCAUUCAACUGAGACUGCUCUUCUCUGUGUCACGGAGGCUCUCCGCACUGCUAAAGCUAACUCUCUCCUCUGCUCUCAUCCUUCUAGACCUAUCUGCUGCCUUUGAUACUGUGAACCAUCAGAUCCUCCUCUCCACCCUCUCCGAGUUGGGCAUCUUCGGCGCGGCUCACUCUUGGAUUGCGUCCUACCUGACAGGUCGCUCCUACCAGGUGGCGUGGCGAGAAUCUGUCUCCGCACCACGUGCUCUCACCACUGGUGUCCCCCAGGGCUCAGUUCUAGGCCCUCUCCUAUUCUCUCUAUACACCAAGUCACUUGGCUCUGUCAUAUCCUCACAUGGCCUCUCCUAUCAUUGCUAGGCAGUCGACACACAAUGAAUCUUCUCCUUUCCCCCUUCUGAUAACCAGGUGGCGAAUCGCAUCUCUGCAUGUCUGGCAGACAUAUCAGUGUGGAUGACGGAUCACCACCUCAAGCUGAACCUUGGCAAGACGGAGCUGCUCUUCCUCCCGGGGAAGGACUGCCCGCUCCAUGAUCUCGCCAUCACGGUUGACAACUCCGUUGUGUCCUCCUCCCAGAGUGCAAAGAACCUUGGCGUGACCCUGGAUAACCCUGUCGUUCUCCGCUAACAUCAAAGCGGUGACCCGAUCCUGUAGGUUCAUGCUCUACAACAUUCGCAGAGUACGACCCUGCCUUACACAGGAAGCGGCACAGGUCCUAAUCCAGGCACUUGUCAUCUCCCGUCUGGAUUACUGCAACUCGCUGUUGGCUGGGCUCCCUGCCUGUGCCAUUAAACCCCUAGAAUCCAAUGGUGGAACAAGCUCCCUUACGACGCCAGGACAGCGGAGUCACUCACCACCUUCCGGAGACACUUUAAACCCCACCUCUUUAAGGAAUACCUGGGAUAGGAUACAAGUAAUCCUUCUACCCUCCGCCUACCCCACCCCCCCAAAAAAAGAAACAUUUGCAAAAGUGGUUGUCCCAUUGGCUAUCAUAAGGUGAAUGCACCAAUUUGUAAGUCGCUCUGGAUAAGAGUGUCUGCUAAAUGACUAAAAUGUAAAUAUAAGGAUGUUAAGUACUAUAUUUAUGGAAUAUUAUAUGAAUCAAUAUUAUAUGAGCUUAAUUUCUCAGAUCAAAUUAAUAUUUCAACAAAAUAAUGUUUUACGAAUGCUAAUCAUAUCUGUUUCUAACAACAUAAAUGAUUUCAGAACAAUCUUAGAUGGUGGUUCUAAAUCCUCUUUCUUGUGCUUUUUGAAGUGGAAAGACCCUUAGUCUUUCAUGCAUAUAUUUUAUGUACGGAAGGUCCCAGGAAUAGAACCCACUAUCCUGGUGGUGCAAGCGUCAUGGUCUACCAACUGAGCUACAGAGGACCAGCAUGAUGAUUGGUUCUAAAACUUACUCCAUCUAUAAGUACUUUGGGAAUUAGAAUGUAGUUGACACAGUAUCUGCAUGGAGAUACCACGUAGCCUAUCUCAAAUUGAAAGACCCUAAUUUGCAGGGACGAGAAAUUAUAAUAGGUAGCCCUAAUACGUAAUUUAGGUCUUGGUUCUUAAAAGUAUUAAAACAUAUAUUAAAGUUAUCAAUGUGUGUCUUUCCAUCAGAAUCUACAUAUUUGUUCCCACAACUGUGUUUGUUCUGUGUUGCUUUAUCCUAAACCAUCUUUUGUGGUUUUCAGUGGAAUGCCUACCUGCUCCAAACGUCAGCUGCCGCUUGUCCAAUGGGACGGAGUUUCGAUUCAGUGGAGAGGAGGUGGGCUUUAACAAAAGCCUCCCUUGCAGGAAUGUGUAUGUACAGUACCAGACACUUAGCCCUGUGGAAGUGUUGCACAUGUACACCCAGUAAACCAAACAUUAGGAACAACUUCCACUCCCCUCUUUUGCCCUCAGAACAGUCUUAAUUCGUCGGGGCGUGGACUCUACAAGGUGUCGAAAGCGUUCCACAGGGAUGCUGGCCCAAGUUGACUCCAGUGGUUCCCACAGUUGUUAAGUUGUCUGGAUGUGUUUUGGGUGGUGGACCAUUCUUGAUCCACACGGGAAACUGUUGAGCAUGAAAAACCCAGCAGCGUUGCAGUUUUUGACACAAACCGGUGCACCUGGCACCUACUACCAUACCCCGUUCAAAGCACUUGCGUAUUUUGUCUUGCCCUUUAACCCUCUGAAUGGCACACAUACACAAUGUCUCAAUUGUCUAAAGGCUUAAAAAUUAUUAUUUAACCUGUCUUCUCCCCUUCAUCUACACUGAUUGAAGUGAAUUUAACAGGUGACAUCAAUAAGGGAUCAUAGCGUUCACCUGGAUUCACCUGGUCAGUCUAUGUCAUGGAAAGGGCAGGUGUUCCUAAUGUUUUGUAUCGGCUGUAUCAGGGUUGUAUUCAUUAGGGCACAACGUAGCAAUGAUGACCCUGAACAUGUUUUGUUUUCAAUUGAUAUUGAUUAGGCUAAAUCAUAUACCAUCGUAUAGUUAUGUGAUGUUUUUAUACAAAUGUAAAACAUUAUUGAACUGUUUCGAGCUAAAAUGUUAUUUCCUUGCAGAAGCGGUUACUCCUACAAAGUAGCGGUGGCCCUGUCGCUCUUCCUGGGAUGGUUAGGAGCAGAUCGCUUCUACCUGGGAUACCCAGCUUUAGGUACAGUCUGACUGUUGUUAUUGCUGUAUACUCUCAACAACUAACAUGGGGGUGCUAUGGAUGAAUUUGCUAUUAAAGUAUAUUCAUUUUCAAGUCCUAUCUGCUGCUAACAAACAGGUUUAAAUACAAUGAAAGAUUUUCUAAACAUUUUAGAAUCACAAGGAAUAUAAUUGUUUUUGUAAAAAAAAGGGGAACACAUUUUGAAAUGCAUGACUAGCUACCCAUUCAUUUAUUGGAUAUAUUUAUCAUGUUUCAUUUUUUCUCCCCAAUUUCGUGAAAUCCAAUUGGUAGAUAGUCUUAUCCCAUAGCUGCAACUCCCGUACGGACUCGGGAGAGGCGAAGGUCGAGAGCCAUGCGUCCUCCGAAACACGACUCCGCCAAGCCACACUGCUUCUUGACGCACUGCUCGCUUAACCCGGAAGCCAGCCGCACCAAUGUGUCGGAGGAAACACUGUACAGCUGGCGACCGAUGUCAGCGUGCAUGCGCCCGGCCCACCACAAGGAGUCGCUAGAGCACGAUGGGACAAGGACAUCUCGGCCGGCCAAACCCUCCCCUAACCCGGACGACGCUGGGCGCCUCAUGGGUCUCCCGGUCGCGGCCGGCUGCGACACAGCCUGGGAUCGAACCCGGGUCUAUAGUGACGCCUCUAGCACUGCGAUGUAGUGCCUAAGACCGCUGCGCCACUCGCAAGGCCUAUUUAUCAUGUUUUUUAUACGAGAGCUUGAAAAGAUCUGCUGGUUUUGGACAGAAACACAAUUUACACUUUUGUUGAUUAGUAUUAAGUAGACCAUUAAUCAACAAAGCAGGUCUUUAAGAAACAGAGACACUACUUCCUGUGAGGACCUGAAUGAAACCACUAUUAUAUCACAUUAUAAAACACACGUAAACCCAAACACUGGAGUGAAACAAACUGCUGUUUCUUACUCUUUAUGUCGCGUUUAUCUCCUUCUUAAUCAGAUUACAAAGGGCUGGUGGCUGAAAGCCAUGUUUUUUGGGAGGAUUUUUGCCUGGCAUGAGCCAGCUUUAGAGGCUGCACUGAGCAGCACCUGGCCUGGUCUGGCACGGUUGGCUCGGGCAUCACCAUGGAACGGUGGGUUAUUUAGUGGGCUUUUGCUUUGUAGAGUAGCCACCCGACUGGCAUCGUUUUUAAAAACGUCCACCCAGGAAUCAACAAAGCUACCCCCGUUACCUCCCAAUGGAGCAAUUUACAAUAGUGUUAACAAUUAUUUUGAGUAAUUAUGAGUUGGCGUUUCCAUAAUUUGCCUGUAAUUCAGAUUAUCUGUGGUUUAGCUGUGUGUGUGUGUGGCAGUGAGCUAGUGAGUGCCAGUAGUCAUCGCCCAGUGAUGCAGUGACUACGCCCAGACAUGCAGUAGUGUCAGUUAUGUUACAUAGUUCUGUCGUAAGCUAGUGACAGUGUGAAUGUUGAAAGGAUGAUUUCUAGUUGAAUGACCUGCUUGCCUUGCUCUGUUUUUUAAUCCAAUUCACACCCUCAGCUGCUCAAAGCGGCUCAUCUGCACACUUUCAUGUUUACUCUUCUUCACUGCCCCUCUCAACGAUAAAGACCUGUUGUUCCCAAUCCUCAGUUGUUUUGGACUCAAAGUUGACUUGGCACGAUUUCCCUCUGAAAGCAAAUCAGGAAGCAGACCAAUAAACACACACACACACCCUCUCCACUCCACCGCGCAGCAGUGAAAGCAUUCAAUAUCGUUCAAAUCAAAUUUUAUUUGCCACAUGCGCCGAAUACAACAGGUGUAGUAGACCUUACAGUGAAUUGCUUAAUAAUACAAGUGUUAAGUAAAAAACAGAUAAGUAAAAAAUAAAAAUAGCUAAUAAUUAAAGAGCAGCAGUAAAAUAACAGUAGGGAGGCUAUAUACAGGGGGUACCGGUACAGAGUCAAUGUGGGGGGGCACCAGUUAGUCGAGGUAAUAUGUGGGUAGAGUUAAAGUGACUAUUCAUAGAUAAUAAACAGAAUAGCAGCAGCGUAAAAGAGGGGGUUGGAUGGGGGGGGGGGGAGGCAAUGCAAAUAGUCCAAGUAGCCAUGAUUAGCUAUUCAGGAGUCUUAUGGCUUGGGGUAGAAGCUGUUAAGAAGCCUUUUGGACCUAGACUUGGCGCUCCUGUACCGCUUGCUGUGCGGUAGCAGAGAGAACAGUCUAUGACUAAGGUGGCUGGAGUUUUUGACAAUUUUUAGGGCCUUCCUCUGACACCGGCUGGUAUAGAGGUCCUGGAUGGCAGGAAGCUUGGCCCCAGUGAUGUACUGGGCUGUACGCAUUACCCUCUGUAGUGCCUUGCGGUCGGAGGCCGAGCAGUUGCCAUACCAGGCGGUGAUGCAACCAGUCAGGAUGCUCUCGAUGGUGCAGCUGUAUAACUUUUUGAGAAUCUGAGGACCCAUGUAAAAAAAUGUCAGUCUCCUGAGGGGGGAAUAGGCUUUGUCGUGCCCUCUUCACGACUGUCUUGGUGUGUUUGGACCAUGAUAGUUUGUUGGUGAUGGAACUUGAAGCUCUCAACCUGUUCCACUACAGCCCCGUCGAUGAGAAUGGGGGCGUGCUCAGUCCUCUUUUUUAACCUGUAGUCCACAAUCAUCUCCUUUGUCUUGAUCACGUUGAGGGAGAGGUUGUUAUCCUAGCACCACACGGCCAGGUCUCUGACCACCUCCCUAUAGGCUGUCUCAUCAUUGUCGGUGAUCAGGCUUACCACUGUUGUGUCGUCGGCCAACUUAAUGAUGGUGUUGGAGUCGUGCCUGACCAUGCAGUCAUGGGUGAACAGGGAGUAUUGGAGGGGACUGAGCACGCACCCCUGAGGGGCCCCCGUGUUGAGGAUCAGCGUGGCAGAUGUGUUGUUACCUACCAUUACCACCUAGGGGCGGCCCGUCAGGAAGUCCAGGAUCCAGUUGCAGAGGGAGGUGUUUAGUCCCAGGGUCCUUAGCUUAGUGAUGAGCUUUGAGGGCACUAUGGUGUUGAACGCUGAGCUGUAGUCAAUUAAUAGCAUUCUCACGUUGGUGUUCCUCUUGUCCAGGUGGGAAAGGGCAGUGUGGAGUGCAAUAGAGAUUGCAUCAUCUGUGGAUCUGUUGGGGCGGUAUGCAAAUUGGAGUGGGUCUAGGCUUUCUGGGAAAAUGGUGUUGAUGUGAGCCAUGACCAGCCUUUCAAAACACUUCAUGGCUACAGACGUGAGUGCUACGGGUCGGUAGUCAUUUAGGCAAGUUCUUAGUGUUCUUGGGCACAGGGACUAUGGUGGUCUGCUUGAAACAUGUUGGUAAUACAGACUCAGUCAGAGACAUGUUGAAAAUGUCAGUGAAGACACUUGCCAGUUGGUCAGCGCAUGCUCGGAGUACGCGUCCUGGUAAUCCUGCGGCCUUGUGAAUGUUGACCUGCUUAAAAGUCUUACUCACAUUGGCUACGGAGAGCGUGAUCACAUAGUCAUCCGGAACAGCUGAUGUGCUCAUGCAUGCUUCAGUGUUGCUUGCCUCGAAGUGAGCAUAGAAGUGAUUUAGCUCGUCUGGUAGGCUUGUGUCACUGGGCAGCUCGCAGCUGUGCUUCCCUUUGUAGUCUGUAAUAGUUUUCGAGCCCUGCCACAUCUGACGAGCAUCGGAGCCGGUGUAGUACGAUUAAAUCUUAGUCCUGUAUUGACUCUGCCUGUUUGAUGGUUCAUCGGAGGGCAUAGCGGGAGUUCUUAUAAGCGUCCAGGUUAGAGUCCCGCUCCUGGAAAGCAGCAGCUCUACCCUUUAGCUCAGUGCGGAUGUUGCCUGUAAUCCAUGGCUUCUGGUUGGGGUAUGUACGUACGGUCACUGUGGGGACGACGUCAUCGAUGCACUUAUUGAUGAAGCCAGUGACUGAUGUGGUGUACUCCUCAAUGCUAUCGGAAGAAUCCCAGAACAUAUUCCAGUCUGUGCUAGCAAAACAGUCCUGUAGCUUAGCAUCUGCGUCAUCUGACCACUUCCUUAUUAACCGAGUCACUGGUGCUUCCUGCUUUAGUUUUUGCUUAUAAACAGGAAUCAGGAGGAUAGAGUUAUGGUCAUAUUUGCCAAAUGAAGGGCGAGGGAGAGCUUUGUAUGCGUCUCUGUGUGUGGAGUAAAGGUGGUCUAGAGUUUUUUUCCCCUCUGGUUGCACAUUUAACAUGCUGGUAGAACGGAUUUAAGUUUCACCUUUGCCUCGCAAGUUAAUUUCCCAUUCAGCCACACAUGGGCAAAGUUGGAACCGAACAUGGGGAAUAAACUGGGGAAUAAACCUUGCCUGGAUUGGAGCGUUUUCAUGUAAACAACAAAGUGUCGCUCACACAAUAGGUAGCAAAUUAUGAUUAGGGGCCACGGAGGGGUUUAUUUAUGCCAACUUUAAAGAGGCAUGGAGUACCCCAUACCCUGGUCCUGGAGAGCUACCGUCCUGUAGGUUUUCACUCCAACCCUAAUCUAGCACACAUGAUUCUAAUAAUUAUCAGGUUGAGAAGGUGAAUCAGGUUAGUUACAACUGGGGUUAGAGCGAAAACCUGCGGGAGGGUAGCUCUCCAGGAACAGGGUUGGAGAGCCCUGGUGUAAACUACAGGAAGGUAGCUCUCCAGUAACACGGUUGGAGAGCCCUGCUUUAUACCCUAUUAACUCUAACACUCUCUCUCUCUCUCUCUCUCUCUCUCUCUCUCUCUCUCUCUCUCUCCUCUCCUCUCUCCCUCUCUCUCCUCUCUCUCUCCUCUCUCUCUCUCUCUCUCUCCUCUCUCUCUCCUCUCCUCUCUCUCCUCCUCUCUCCCUCCCUCUCUCCUCUCUCUCUCUCUCUCUCUCUCUCUCUAGGGCUGCUCAAGUUCUGUACAGUUGGCUUCUGUGGGAUUGGGAGCUUGGUGGAUUUCAUGUUGAUCUCAAUGCAGGUGAGUGGCAUUUAGGGGACAGCUGUGGAACACAGAGCUGUUAAAUAAUCCCAUUUAUCUGUUGGUUAUGUCUGUGAAGAGGCUGUUUUCACAGUAACCAUGAAAGGAAUGGUUUAUGUGGUCUGUUGAUGACAAGGGUGGGUUAGGUCAGUAUUUCCCUUUUGGGUCACAGCUGAUGACUACAUUGGUUGGUCCCAAGACACAUGAAAAGGCUAGUUGGGUUACACUGCAAAGAGUUAGGGAACCACUGUGAUGUUAUCAGAAUAGGAUGGAUUUCAUACAAGUUUGAUAAUUGUAUGAUUUCAAAACAACUUCUAAGUUGUUCAAUUUGGGCGCAGCUCCAUGUAUAAAAACAGUAGCUCUUUCUCCUACUAACAGUGAUGGUAAUCAAGAAAGUGUAGCACAUUUUGUCAUCACAGAGCAGCCUGGGCUUUGCUACAAUGGUCAAACUUUUACACACACUCCAAUCAGAGUAAGCCAUGUAACACUGAGCAGAAGCAUAGCCAAGCCAGUCAGGAGGAGUGUGUGUGCGUGCCUGCAUGUCUGUUUGUAUUCAGAGGGCACCUGUGUCUCAAUCAGUGCGGCCCCAGCCCUGUGCUGUGUACAGAGCAGAGCAAGCCUUCAGCUUUAACUCACUGUCAACAUGGUGGGAUGUUUUCUAAUGAAAAGUAGGUUUAUUUGUUUGGGAUUAGUAAUUGUUUUUUCCCCUUGUUCCUUGAAAAAAAAUAUGGGUUUAUCGUAUAGACUAGUGGUGGUGUGUAGUUUUAGGACUGUAGGCCUAUAUCUUGAAUUAUAUUUCAGCAAAGGCCUAUGCUGCUGGAGUCUUCCUGUAUCACAUCUGAGACCAAAACACAAAUCAUGAUACACACUCCAAAGAAACAGAAAACCUUCUCUCUCUUUAUUUACCUCUCUUCCUCUCCAGUUCUACACUACAUCCGACUGUGUAGCAGGCCUGUAUAAAGUCGCUAUUUCGUUAGAAAACGGCAACAGCGUCCGUUCGGCCACUUUGAUUAAGCGAGGCGACCGUUGCACUGUUUAUUGUUCUCCUAAUGUCUUAUUGAAGGUCCUGAGAGAGGAAUGCUUUUAAGCUGCUUUGGCUGGCACGCCCCAGCACAACACUUACAUUCUCAAUUAGCUGUAUACGCUGCGUCUGGGCUCUCUCACCUUUUUAAAGAGUGACACUUUUGAUAAAGAGUUCUGCGUCUCCGGAGAACCCAUUUAAUCUUUGCGAGGCGCUAAAGACCCAUAUUUUAAAGGCUAACUACCUUGACUAAGAGCAACGUCGGAGCGGGCAAAUGCAAUUUUGAGAAGUUUAACUAAUGAAUAAAUACCUGGGAUUAUUAUUUAAAUUGGUAGAUUCUGGCUGGACAGGACUAGAGGAAAGGAGACCGGAUGGCGUUUGUUUGGGGCCUCUCGCUCCCUCUCUCUAUCGAAAGGCCGAGGUCCACACCAGAUGAAUGAUGUCGGGGAAUUUUCCAUUUGACUCUCAAACUGGGCAGAGCAGGAGUUAGACAGAUGUGAUAGAUAGAUGGAACGUGAACGGAGGGAGCUGUGUGUCAGGCAUGGGAUUCAAACAAUACAAGGUAGUGGGUUUCCGGGCCGGCAUACAGUGUUGUGAAAAUUAAACCCACUUCUGAAAGCCCUAUCACCAAAGCCACUACCUGCUAUGGAUGAAAUCUAGGCUGGAAUGCAUCAUAGUUGAGUGGUAGCCUAGCUGAAGUUGGUCUGGAGCCAUAGAUGGAGUGCUGUUGGUCUGGAGUCAUAGAUGGCGUGUUGUUGGUCUGGAGUCAUAGAUGGAGUGCUGUUGGUCUGGAGUCAUAGAUGGAGUGCUGUUGGUCUGGAGUCAUAGAUGGAGUGCUGUUGGUCUGGAGUCAUAGAUGGAGUGCUGUUGGUCUGGAGUCAUAGAUGGAGUGCUGUUGGUCUGGAGUCAUAGAUGGAGUGCUGUUGGUCUGGAGUCAUAGAUGGAGUGCUGUUGGUCUGGAGUCAUAGAUGGAGUGCUGUUGGUCUGGAGUCAUAGAUUGAGUGCUGUUGGUCUGGAGUCAGUGGGUGGAGUGCUGUUGGUCUGGAGUCAGUGGGUGGAGUGCUGUUGGUCUGCGUCAUGGUGGAGCUGUUGUGUCAGUGGGUGGAGUGCUGUUGGUCUGCAGUCAGUGGGUGGAGUGCUGUUGGUCUGCAGUCAGUGGGUGGAGUGCUGUUGGUCUGCAGUCAGUGGGUGGAGUGCUGUUGGUCUGCAGUCAGUGGGUGGAGUGCUGUUGGCUGAGUCAUGGGUGGAGUGCUGUUGGUCUGCAGUCAGUGGGUGGAGUGCUGAUGGUCUGGAGUCAGUGGGUGGAGUGCUGUUGGUCUGGAGUCAGUGGGUGGAGUGCUGAUGGUCUGGAGUCAGUGGGUGGAGUGCUGUUGGUCUGCAGUCAGUGGGUGGAGUGCUGAUGGUCUGGAGUCAGUGGGUGGAGUGCUGAUGGUCUGGAGUCAGUGGGUGGAGUGCUGUUGGUCUGCAGUCAGUGGGUGGAGUGCUGUUGGUCUGGAGUCAGUGGGUGGAGUGCUGUUGGUCUGGAGUCAGUGGGUGGAGUGCUGUUGGUCUGCAGUCAGUGGGUGGAGUGCUGUUGGUCUGCAGUCAGUGGGUGGAGUGCUGUUGGUCUGCAGUCAGUGGGUGGAGUGCUGUUGGUCUGCAGUCAGUGGGUGGAGUGCUGUUGGUCUGCAGUCAGUGGGUGGAGUGCUGAUGGUCUGGAGUCAGUGGGUGGAGUGCUGUUGGUCUGCAGUCAGUGGGUGGAGUGCUGAUGGUCUGGAGUCAGUGGGUGGAGUGCUGAUGGUCUGGAGUCAGUGGGUGGAGUGCUGUUGGUCUGCAGUCAGUGGGUGGAGUGCUGAUGGUCUGGAGUCAGUGGGUGGAGUGCUGAUGGUCUGGAGUCAGUGGGUGGAGUGCUGUUGGUCUGCAGUCAGUGGGUGGAGUGCUGUUGGUCUGCAGUCAGUGGGUGGAGUGCUGUUGGUCUGCAGUCAGUGGUGGAGUGCUGAUGGUCUGGAGUCAGUGGGUGGAGUGUGAUGGUCUGGAGUCAUGGUGGUGCUGUUGGUCUCAGUCAGUGGUGGAGUGCUGAUGGUCUGGAUCAGUGGUGGAGUGCUGAUGGUCUGGAGUCAGUGGUGGAGUGCUGUUGGUCUGCAGUCAGUGGGUGGAGUGCUGAUGGUCUGGAGUCAGUGGGUGGAGUGCUGAUGGUCUGGAGUCAGUGGGUGGAGUGCUGUUGGUCUGCAGUCAGUGGGUGGAGUGCUGUUGGUCUGGAGUCAGUGGGUGGAGUGCUGUUGGUCUGGAGUCAUGGGUGGAGUGCUGUUGGUCUGGAGUCGUGGGUGGAGUGCUGUUGGUCUGCAGUCAGUGGGUGGAGUGGCUGUUGGUCUGCAGUCAGUGGGUGGAGUGCUGUUGGUCUGCAGUCAGUGGGUGGAGUGCUGUUGGUCUGGCAGUCAGUGGGUGGAGUGCUGUUGGUCUGCAGUCAGUGGGUGGAGUGCUGUUGGUCUGCAGUCAGUGGGUGGAGUGGCUGUUGGUCUGCAGUCAGUGGGUGGAGUGCUGUUGGUCUGCAGUCAGUGGGUGGAGUGCUGUUGGUCUGCAGUCAGUGGGUGGAGUGCUGUUGGUCUGCAGUCAGUGGGUGGAGUGCUGUUGGUCUGGAGUCAGUGGGUGGAGUGCUGUUGGUCUGGAGUCAGUGGAUGGAGUGCUGUUGGUCUGGAGUCAGUGGAUGGAGUGCUGUUGGUCUGGAGUCAUAGAUGGAGUGCUGUUGGUCUGCAGUCAGUGGGUGGAGUGCUGUUGGUCUGGAGUCAUAGAUGGAGUGCUGUUGGUCUGCAGUCAGUGGGUGGAGUGCUGUUGGUCUGGAGUCAUAGAUGGAGUGCUGUUGGUCUGGAGUCAGUGGGUGGAGUGCUGUUGGUCUGCAGUCAGUGGGUGGAGUGCUGUUGGUCUGGAGUCAUAGAUGGAGUGCUGUUGGUCUGGAGUCAGUGGGUGGAGUGCUGUUGGUCUGGAGUCAGUGGGUGGAGUGCUGUUGGUCUGGAGUCAGUGGGUGGAGUGCUGAUCUUGACAUGGUAGAGCACAGACUCCGCUUGUGUGUUUUUCAUUGGUCUGUGUGAGUUCACUGUUCCCUCCCAGAUAUGUGUUACCUGCUGGACCAUUGUUUUCACCAUCUGUCCACUGUCGUUUCUCAUUCCUCUUUUAGAUUGUGGGUCCGUCAGAUAAGUCUGACUACAUAGUGGACUACUACGGUGCCAGACUCACACGCCUCUCCAUCACCAAUGAGACGUACAGAAGAACCCAGAUGUCUCCCUGA